AUGCACUAUUGGAGUGUGGACAAUCCCCACUGGUUACGACAAGUUGAACCUUAAAUGGAAUCAAAUAUCGAAAUUUCCUGGAACAUGAACUACCACAACUACUUGAGGAUGUUGCCCUGCCCAUUCAACAAAUUAUGUGGUUUCAUCAUGACGGUUGCCCAGCCCAUUACUCAGCAACAGCACGAGAAGUAUUGAACCGUGAUAUCAAUGGCCGAUGGAUCGGCAGAGGUGGCCCGGUUAAUUGGCCUGCUAGGUCACCUGAUUUGACAUCGCCGGAUUUUUUUCUGUGGGGUUAUCUAAAAGAUAAGGUUUUUCAACAAGCACCAACAACUCGGGAAUACAUGAUACAGCGCAUAAGAAACGCUUGUGCUGAAAUUUUCACAGGUAUGCUCCUCUCCUGUGUACAAUCAUUAAAUUUUGAAAAAAGAAUAAAUAAGUGUCUAGAAGUUCAAGGUCACAAUUUCAAACAUUUAAUCUAA